AUGGAUAAUGCUUUCACCUCCUCACUAUUUACCACCUCUUUUCCGUCCUCCAAUAUUAUCAUUCAGCAAGACAAUUCUUCCUUUUCUAUCACUGUUAUUCUUAAUGACUCUGAUUAUCCUCUUUGGUCCCAGCUAAUGGACAUGCGUAUUGGAGCUCGAAACAAAUCGCGGUAUCUCACUGGCAUAGUGACGAAACCCUCCAUUGAUGACCCAACCUAUGAUAAUUGGGUCACUGAAAAUAAAUGGGUGAAAAGCUGGCUUAUUGACUCCAUGAGCCCCUCGUUGAUGCAGCGGUUUAUCCGCCUUGAAUCUGCCCAUCAAAUUUGGGAUGUAGCUCUCCGCACAUUCUACGAUGGAUCCGAUGAAACUUGCCUCUUCGAACUGAACCAACGAUCUUUCUCCACCAAACAACAUGGUCGUCCCCUCUCUACUUAUUGUAAUGAACUACUCUCCAUCUUUCAAGAAAUUGAUCAUCGUAUGUCUUCUUCUGAAACCACUGUGAAUGGCGUAGUCCAGAUGCAUUCUUCUAUGGCUCGUCUGCGCGUUCACAUCUUUCUUAGUGGCUUUCUGAUUUUGACCAAGUUCGUGGAGAGAUUCUUCGUAAAGACCCAAAAUUGGAUCUUGAGAGCACAUAUGUCUAUGUCCGUCGUGAACAUCAAUAACGUAUCACUAUGGGUCGUCCUGCUCCUACCUCGGAUUCCUCAGCUCUACUAUCUCAGUGAUUAUGGUCAUUCCAAGAAUCGUUGCUAUGAAAUCAUCGGGUAUCCAACAUGGUAG